AUGUAUCCGACAUCCGGACAAAAUAACGUCGAUGUGUGCGUAAAGAAAUCGUCGAGACAUUUGAAGCGUGCCAAAGUCGUAACGCCUUCGAAACAUGAGUUUUUGCAGGUUUUGCAAACUCAUGAAAAGGAGAGAACGAUCGCAUCUCAUGAAAUUUUUAAAUCGACAUGGCAAAAUAAUUUUUCUUCCCCAGUUGAAGAUUUGUUAAAUGCAGGUGGUGCAAAAGCUCUUGACGCUGUCUACCAUCCCGCCGCGUCUUGGUUAAUGGAUAUGGCAAAAGAAUAUAGCAAUUGUAAUUUCUUGCUCAUGGAGUUUGAUGAUAAAUUCUGGAAUGGUGGUCCUGAAGGAAUAGAUCCCUAUAUUGUAUACAAGGUUAGAAUUAAUAGCAACAUUCAACAUGAAGAAAUAAGAUUUUAUUUCGGAAUGCCUGGAAGAAUUGGUGAAUUGAUCAAUUCCCAUUAUUCCAGAUUAUUCAUAAGUUAUAAAAACCCCAUCGUUGAUUUUGUAGAUGAUUUAAGUUAUGAUGAUUAUGAUGAAAUGAUUGAAAAGGUUCUCGAAGAAUUUGAUGAGAAUCAUACUUCAAUUAAAACUAGUAGAGAUUAUGAACAUAAAAUUUAG